UGCGACACGUUCAGCAAACGAGGAAGAAACAGGAAGUAACUUGACACAUCUAAGCGAUCAAUGGCCGAUGCUCAUUGGUUAAUACCAAGUUGUUAACUUGUAUUGACGUACUUUUUUUAAAUGCGCAUGACCGUGCGCAUGCUCAAAGAUAAAACGUGACGAACAAAGACCGUUUAGAAAAGUUUUAAAUACGUGGAUAGUCACGAGGAUAGUCACGUGAAGUUUACGCAAUUCGUCUGAGAUCGAUGGAGUAAACUUACAAUUGACUUUUUUGUGUAAUUUUCUUUAAAAAUGAAUGCGAAUCAGUCGACACCGGGGUCAUCGGAAUGCAGACAGUCUUCCGUGGAAGAUUCCUCUACCAGAUCCGGAAGCACGUCUAAUUCUCAGAAUUUUAGCAACGCAGAAACAAAUGUGUCUUCCAUUAAUAAUUCGCCACGUAAGAUUAAGACAGAAAGUUCCCAGAGUGCUAUUAUAUGCGAAACUUCGAGAGAUUCUUGCGAAGAAAAAGGCUCAUUUGAAUCUCAGAGUUGUGGAACUUCAUCGGAAAAAUCGACCGAACCAUUAAGCAAACAGUCUGAAGGUGAGUUACUUAAUGAGGUAAGUAAGCGAACUGAAGACGAAGACAAUAACACACAAGAUGAGAAUGAGUCUCCUGUUGAUAAACUUCCACCAAAAAAGAAGAGAAGACGUAACGGAAGAAAGCUGGACUUUUAUAAUCAUAGAAAAAAACAAAGACUUAUUAAGCAAAAGCAGCGUGCCAAUCCGGUGUAUAGAUUAAAAGAGCGACAAAACGAUACGGAAAGACGUAGAAAACUUAGAAAAGAUCCCGUGUAUAAAUCGCGGGAACGGGCAGCUGAUACGGAACGAAGACGUCGAGUUCGAAAAAUUGCCGAGGUAAAAUUACGUGAACAAGCGGCUGAUGCCGAACGAAAGCGUCAAGCUCGAAAAAUUCCUGAGGUAAGAUUACGGGAACGAGCGGCUGAUAUCGAACGUAAACGUAAAGCUCGUCAAAAUCGUGACGCAAUAUUACGGGAACAGGCAGCUGAUACCUUGAGAAAACAUGUAGCUCAAGAGAAUUUUAACAUAACACAGGAGCAGGCAGCUGAUACCGGACGUAAACGUAAAAUUCGUAAAGAUCAGAAGGAACAGGUCGGCCGAAAACGUAAAGCUAGAAAAGUUCGAAAAGAUUAUCUUCUUAACUUACAGGAACAGGCCGAACGAAGACGUAACGCUGUUGAGAAGAUUAGGAAAUGGAAAUCUCUCCUUAAUCUCAAAUUUUGGACCACCAGGAUACGCAGUAUGAUGACGUCAUGACAUUCCACAUAUGCCUAAUAAUAAUAUAUAACGUGAAAAUACGAAAGAUUUAAGCAAUAUGUACAGCUUUUUUUUUGUUUCAUUCUUUCGCUUUAUGUUUAAGAUGGGUAAUUAUAUGGUUUCUUACCAUUACGUAUUUUCUUUUUAAUUUGAUUUUUAAAAGACACGUAUUUGAUAGACAUUUCCAAAACAUAGAAUUAUCAAGUACCGACCCAUAUAAAAAACGCUGUAAACAAAAAACCAUAGGGCUAUUUACCGACUCUGCACCGUUCGCGCCGCCAUUGCUUAAGCUUGUUUUCGUUGUGGAGUAUCACGUUGCGUAGGUGUCACGUGACAUGACAUUUACUGAUAACUUCGGACUCCGAAGAGACCGUGGACCUGUCAUUUGUUACGUUUCCGGUAAUACCGUAACAAUUACAAAACCCACUUAUUUUUCAGGUUAACUCCGCAAAAGAUAGAACAAAUAUUAUCUGUAUAGUAGCCAUUACUUUUCUA